CAGUGGAGUUCAUCAGCGGAUCAACAAUUGAAGUAUCUACAUCUACUACAGCCCAUGCAUUAAACAGUCUCAUGCGACAAUUAUCUUAGCGCUCAAAGGAUCUGUUGCAGGGCUACCCUGAUGUGAGAUUUCCCCAGAACAAUGGCAUCCGACAUGCAGAUCAAUCCGCAACGAACCGCUCAGUUGAGCGAGAACAUAGCCCAAGUGCUCAAGAGCAUAAACCGUGCCAGCAAGGGUAAGCAGGUGCGCCUCGUGGCUGUUUCAAAACUCAAGCCAGCAAAUGACAUCCUCGCAUUACAUACUGCAUCGUCCAACCCGCAAUCGCAUUUCGGCGAGAACUAUGUGCAGGAGUUGCAGGAGAAGGCGGCGAUCCUUCCCCGAUCGAUAAAAUGGCACUUCAUCGGAGGACUACAGACGAACAAGUGCAAGCCGCUUGCCGAGCGCAUCCCGAACCUAUGGUGUGUCUCUAGCGUAGAUGAGGUAAAGAAGGCGGAUGCUCUCGAGAAGGGACGGGCCGCGUUGGCCAACUCACCUAAUGCUCAGAAAACGGAGAAUGAGAGCAAGCCGGAGGAAUUGGAUGAAAAGCUACGCGUGCUUGUCCAGGUCAACACAUCUGGGGAGAGGAAUAAGAGUGGCUGCGAGCCGAGCGAGACACCGGCUCUAUGCCAACAUAUCAUCUCUUCAUGUCCGCAUCUGCGUCUAUCCGGGCUAAUGACGAUCGGCUCGAUUGCACGGUCAGUUGCUACCACGCUGGAGAAUGAAAACGAAGAUUUCAUCACAUUGCGGAGCACGCGGGACGAAGUUGCUUCCAAGCUAGGGCUGAAGCCCGAGGACCUAGAUUUGUCCAUGGGAAUGAGCUCCGAUUAUGAAGGUGCAAUUGCAAUGGGCAGUAGCGAAGUGAGGGUAGGGAGUACGAUAUUCGGGGAAAGGCCACCGAGAAAGGAGGCCAAGGUUCGAGAGGAUGCUUCGGAAUCCCAGCCGUCAUGACCGCAUAGCUCUUCUCAUGAGUGAGAUGAAUAUGAAAACUAUGAACAAAGAAGGAGAUUAAUCACCACAAUGUUUCCUGAGUACCUAUCACGUCGCUCAAGUCAUUUUCCACCAGUCCCGGGGUACGACCCCUCGCAAUUAUGUCGCACCAAAAAGGCUAGUAAACAACGUUCUUGAUAUGUAGGCAAUGCUGCCCAAAUAUGAU